UUCUGCUUUUUUAUUGGUCCGUAGCUCACAGGUAUCCAUUAGCCGCUAACACUGUUUAGUUAGGAAUGUGGCCGAAACCGCUUCACUUUGAACCCGUUACUCGAGUUUACUACGCUAGGAGACAAAGCAAACAAAACCGGAGCUUAUCAUUUAUCCUGGAUUUAUCCUUCAAACAAAUGACAUCAAUUUCUUGUUGAACAGUAACCAAGGUGGGGAAGGUCGUCGUGCUCGAACGCCAUUUGCCACGGAUUUGAAGUACUUUCGACGCCUGUGUUGUUUGAAUUUUGGUUUUUGUGAGCUUCACUACAAUUUGAGACAGAAAACACGGGGAAAAUGUCACUAAAGCUUCAGUUUAUUGCAGCUUUUUUGGGCGUAACAGGGUUUUUCGUUUCAUAUGCACAAGAUUGUGGGAAACCGACGCUGCAGGACAACAGAAUUGUGGGAGGGACGGCCGCUUCAGAUGGGGCGUGGCCCUGGCAGGUGUCUAUACAGAAAGAUAAUACUCAUGUCUGCGGAGGCUCCAUUAUCACGCAGAACUGGAUCCUAUCAGCAGCUCACUGUUUCCCAAAUCCAUCCGACGUGAGCCCGUACACCAUCUACGCCGGCUGGUACUACCUGAACAAUUUCAACCCGCACCAGUCGGUACGCCGCAUCCGCUCCGUGGUGAUCCCAUCGGGAUAUGUGGAGCCUCACGAUGGUAAGGAUGUAGCGCUGGUGCGCCUCUCAAGCCCCCUGACUUGGUCGGAUUGGAUCCGUCCCGUUUGCCUACCUACCUCCGGCACCCUUUUCCCGGGCGGCAUGCGGUGCUAUGUCACCGGCUGGGGAGACAUCCGUGAUAGCGUCCCGCUGCCGGGGUCGGGGCCUCUGCAGGAGGUUCAGGUGCCAAUCAUCUCGCAGGGUACCUGUCGUGCGAUGUACCAAACUGAGAAGGUGGACAUCUUGUAUGACAUGAUCUGCGCUGGCUUCCAGGAAGGUGGCAAGGACUCCUGCCAGGGCGACUCCGGAGGCCCUCUCGUCUGCCAGAUGGUAAACGGGACCUGGGUACAAGCCGGCGUGGUGAGUUUUGGGCUGGGCUGCGCCCAGGCCAACCAGCCAGGUGUGUACGCCAGGCUCACCAGCUACUCCAAUUUCAUCAGCAACAACAUACCAGAGGUCAGACUGUACGGCCAAGCUCAUCGGCACCGGUCCGACGGGGCCGUGACUGUGUUGCUCGGCUUUUUAUCCGCCAUGCUGGUACUGUGUUGGUUUUGAGUACACUUGUGAUAAAUAUGAUUUUUGGAAAAGUAAAAACCGGUCCAAAUGAAGAAAUUCCCUUUACUCAUGUGAUCAUAUAUGUGCAUCAAGAAAUGAAAUAUAAUUUUUAAAGUUCGUAGUAGUUGUGAUAGCAAAUGUUUUUGAUAUGUUUGUACUUGAAAUGGUGACUGAGCUGUGUUAAUUUUGGAUUGGUAAUAAAUCUGAUUUAUGGGCUAGAAACAA